GGACGCUUUGCGCUUCCUCGCCAUAGCGGCGAGCAGCCCGCCCCCUCGGAGGGGAAGAGGCCGGGCCAUAAAGUCUCGCGAGAGAGCGCGGGAAGCGGUUUGAAAGAUGGCGGACGAGGUUGAUCAGCAACAAACAACAAAUACCGUCGAGGAGCCCCUCGAUCUCAUCAGGCUCAGUCUGGACGAGCGGAUCUACGUGAAGAUGAGGAAUGACAGAGAGCUCAGAGGCAGGCUGCACGCAUAUGAUCAGCACUUAAAUAUGAUUCUGGGCGAUGUGGAAGAAACUGUAACAACAAUAGAGAUUGAUGAAGAAACAUAUGAAGAGAUUUAUAAAUCUACCAAAAGGAAUAUUCCGAUGCUCUUUGUCAGAGGUGACGGCGUUGUGCUUGUAGCUCCCCCACUGAGGGUUGGCUGAAGCAACCAAGGAUUGAACCUUCUUUGAAGGUUUCAGGCUCUUGGACGAUUUGUUUUGAUCAUGUCUCAAAAUUGUGUACACAUUUUUAUAGAAUGUUUUUGCCUGUUCUUUGUGGAAGAGGAAUGAGUUUUUCUUGCAGAAAGUAUACUUGUCAGCUGAAGCAGUGUAAGAACAACUUCAUUUGCCCUGAAUUAAUGUAACUGCUGUAAAUGAGCUGUGUAUGACAUAAGUAAAAGAACCCUGUAUUUUUCAAUCUUGGGAAUAGCAGUGUCUUUUUUUGUUUUAAAUAAAUUUGGCUUAUCUUUCAGA